UUUAGUCGUGUAUUCUUUUAAAAAAAUCGAAUGCUGUUUAUAAUUAGACGCAUCAAAUUUUACUCUUUUCCAUUUCAAAACGGAACAUAGAAUACAAAUUUUUAGUAACCAUAGCAUAUAAACACAUUCCCAGUGAAAUAAUUUUAACAAUCUAAAAUAACUGAGCAGCCAAAUGAGUAGUCAUGACCCGGAUCGCCCAAGGAAGAAGAAAUAUAGACAAAUAAACUUUAUUGAGGGAUUUAUUAUGAAUUUCGCGGCCACAUUAUUGACCCAUCCUCUGGAAUUAGUUCGAAUAAAUAUGCAAGCAAAGACUUUGAAAGUACCUCCGGUAAAAUUACCUCAGAUCCUGAAGCUAAUUUUGAGCUCCGGCCCGGCUGGAUUCUAUUUUGGCUUUCAUAGCGCCGCCGUACGCUGUGGAGUUCAAACGACAGCCACAUACUUUGUGUACCACCGACUAACCGACCACAAAUAUAUCCAAAGAUUAAAAGUCUACGACACUAUUUCAGUGCAUGGAGUAUGCAACUUUGUGGGCGGUUUAAUAGCUACUCCCUUUGCUAAACUGGCGGUUAUGCGGCAAACUGAUCUCUCCCGGAAAAUCUACAGCAAGCGCAAUUACAAGAAUACCUGGAGAAGUCUACGCUGCAUCUAUCUUAAAGGCGGCUUUGCGUAUGUAUUUUAUGGAUGGCAGAUCUAUUCGAUCUGCAACGCAACCAGGGCAAUGCUUUGGUUUCCUGUCAACAAACUAGUAAUGUCUGGGCUGGAAUAUAUACAAGACUUUCGGGGUAAACAAUUCCUACACGAGAUCAGUGCUAUGUCUGUGACUGGAAGCUUACUUGCCUUUCUUUUCACCCCAUUGGACAUCCUUGUGACCUUGUCAUUGAAUUGUACCUCAUAUCGGGGAGCUCCCUUGUGGGCCAUUUGUCGAACUAUAUUUAAGAGGCGUGGAUAUAAAGGGUUUUUUCUAGGAGGAAAGUUUAGCAUGGUGACUUUGAUGUUGCAUUCCGUGCUGGUAUCCACCUUAGUGCACACUAUACAUGAUAUCUAG